AUGAUGAAUCUGCAACAUCAGCCCUUCGAUCGAUUUAGUCCUGUGUCCUCUGUCCUGUGUCAGUCUCAGUCGUUCCUGUGUCAGUCUCAGUCGUUCCUGUGUCAGUCUCAGUCCGUCCUGUGUCAGUCUCAGUCGGUCCUGUGUCAGUCUCAGUCCGUCCUGUGUCAGUCUCAGUCCGUCCUGUGUCAGUCUCAGUCCGUCCUGUGUCAGUCUCAGUCCGUCCUGUGUCAGUCUCAGUCGGUCCUGUGUCAGUCUCAGUCCGUCCUGUGUCAGUCUCAGUCGGUCCUGUGUCAGUCUCAGUCCGUCCUGUGUCAGUCUCAGUCCGUCCUGUGUCAGUCUCAGUCCGUCCUGUGUCAGUCUCAGUCCGUCCUGUGUCAGUCUCAGUCCGUCCUGUGUCAGUCUCAGUCCGUCCUGUGUCAGUCUCAUUCGGCCUGUGUCAGUCUCAGUCCGUCCUGUGUCAGUCUCAGUCCGUCCUGUGUCAGUCUCAGUCAGCCCUGUGUCAGUCUCAGUCGGUCCUGA